GGAGGAGGCAGAAGCCCUUCGUGAAUGUCUGAACGAGCUGCAAGGAUCCACGGAUCUGGAGGCCAAAAAGCAGCAGGCUAGGGAGAGGUUUCUAAAUCAGUUUCCUGAGUUGAAACUCAAGAUUGAGGAGCGCAUAAGAAAGCUCCGUGAGCUCGCAGAUGAGGUGGACAGGGUACACAGGGACGCCACCAUCGUCAGCGUAGCAUCCGACUCUACUGCUGUCGCGUCAGGUGUCCUGAGCAUCCUCGGUCUUGUUCUGGCGCCUUAUGCAGCAGUGGCCUGUCUGGUAGUGUCAGGAAUUUCAGCGGGGCUGGGAGUAGCAUCGUCUGUGACCGGAAUGUGUGCCAGCUCCAUGGAAAUGUCCAGCGAGUCUUCCUCCAUAGACGAAGCAAAUAGCCCGAUAUUGAGUGACACUGAUGAAGACGAGGUAUUUCAAAAGUUUCUGGAUGACUGCAUAGACUAUUUUCCCCAAAUACGUGAUUUAUAUGAAGACCUGAGCGACCUUGCAACUAAUGUUCGUGCCAUCAGGGCAGCCAGGCGGAACCCUCAGCUGGCUGUCCAGGCCCAGCGCUUCAGGAGAGGUUUGUCUGUCUCAGGUCAAACUGCCAGGCGGGUGCAGAACACUUUUGGAGACACUGCUCUGACAAUGACCAGAGGAGCCCGGGUCAGGAGUGGGCUUUUCUCAGUUCUCUUUCUUGGGUUAGAUGUGUAUGAUCUUGUGAAAGACUCAAUGAACCUGCAAGAGGGAGCAAAGGCAGAGUCAGCUGAAGACAUGAGGCGGCGGGCCCAGGAGCUGGAGAGCAAGUUGGAGAAGCUCACCGAGUUCUACGAAGGUCUGAAGGAGGGCCUGCCUCCGUGA